AUGGACGCGACGGAAGCACCGCUGUCAGUCAGCUCAGAGAAGUCCGAGUGUCCCAUCUGCUUGAGCACCUUCACGGAGCCCAAGAUAAUGUUUUGUGGGCACAUAGUCUGUCGCUUCUGCUUAAUCACCUGGCUACAAGUCCGAGGGAUGAACGCCGACUGUCCUCUGUGUCGCCAUGCCAUUGUCGUGGGCCAGCUGGCAGACUUUCAAACGGAUCACCUGGCAGAGCAUGUGGCAGACUCAUUGCCAACAGACCAUGUGCUGCAGGCCAUCGCUCGCGGCACAGUGGAACUCACACCCGACACUUGUCAAUGGUGUGAAAAUCUACUUUGUUCUUCACUCAGUUCCCCGCAUCCCAACUGUCCUGUACAGCAGCAUUCACAGACUAUUGACCUGCGCGAGGAGAAGGCUCGAGCGUUUAUCGAUGACAUGUCCCACGUUCUGCAGGUGAUGCUUAGGUGGGCGAAUGACACAAAGAAAGCCCUAAAGGACACGGAAGAAGAGCUCCGUGGUCGGGUCGACUUCAACGAAAUCGUGACUCUGGAGCAAGAAGACACCUUGGACGAUGUCACCUUCUUCCAGAGUGAGACCGACGAGCUUUGCACGGUCCUCAUGACGCACCAGCGCCUCCUGCGGCGCGUGCUAGACAGCCGGCAGGUCGCGGCUACCAUCCUGCUGAUGAAGCCGAUGCAUAACAGAGUACAACUUCUGAUGCAGUGCAUAGAUUUCUUGAACCAAUCUUGUUUCCAGUGUUGUCAGAAACUGCGCCCAUCUUUGGAAGCAGUCGUUUAA